AUGGCUGCUUUUUGCAGACGUCUCGCUGUUGUCGUUCACAAGGACCAUCUUUUCUCAGGUAACGGUUCGUACUUGGACGUUUUUGAAAUGCGCGAACACAAGUUAUUGUGCUCGAUUCAUUUACCGCAAGCAGUUGAAAUACGUCAACUUUUCUCCGUAACUGAGGGCAUCGUUCUGCUUGGACGUCACUGUCUUCUCUUCGUUACCGAUGAGCGGAUUUUCUGUGCCCAAAAAGAGCAUGGCGUGUCGGCGUACUCGUUCGAUGUGGAUCCGUGGUGUGUUGAGAUGUUACCCGAUGACUGUAUGGCUGUGCUAUAUAGCGAUUGGAAGAUAACGCUCCACAGAAUUUUGUUCGUGCCAGGACAACCGAUCAUGACGGCUCUUCUCGGGACCCAAUCGCUGUCCUUCCAGGACAUAAUUCCUGUGCUUGAACUCGAUGUGUUCUUCUACAAUCUUGGUGAUGCAGCUCACUAUUUCCUUUGGAUUUCUAUAUAUUUCGCAUAUAUCAGGAAUUACAACAUGAUAGCUACUUCGUAUGGGCACUCGAAGAAGAUUCGCCUCGUUUGCCAUGAUAGUGAGAACUUCUACUACACCAUCGGCGAUGAUGACCAGCUCCGCGUGUGGCACUUUGAAGAUGGAAGGCCAAAUCUUAAGAAUGAACGUGAUGUCAAAGCCGGUAGAGCUCUUGCCAUGCUCAUCCAUGAUGACACACUGUACAUCUGUUAUGAUUCUUGUGCUUUGGUUUACUUCAAAAUCACGGAUUUGCGAAUGCGACAUGAAAGAAGGAGAAAGAUAUCAAAUAUUUGCUCGUUUGCUCGAGUAGGGGAUGACCUUUUUGCAGUCAGCAGCAAGUUCUCAACGGAUGACGAUGGUGACGUAUACCAGUAUGUGAAAAGAAGUCCGACUUUCAUUGUCGAUCAAAACUUUCUGGCUCAUGUUGGAGAUCAUGCAUGCAAAUUCUAUAUGAAUAAAAGUUACAAGAAGUGUGCCAUGGAAGUAGACGAGCCAACAGUUCUCCCGAUAGACAAUCUCUCAUCUUUUCCAGAAUGGCUCAAAUGGACAUUCAAGGAAAAAAUAGCGUCGGUGACGAUGUUUGGAAAAAGCGCACUGAUAUUCAAAGACUUGCUAUCGGUGGAGGGUAAAAUGAUUAUUGGAAGAGUUUCGCUUAAGAAAGCAGUCAAAGAGCUUCGAUUGAAAGGUCCAGUUUUCAUAUCCUCAAUGACGAUAGCCCUUGUUGGGGAUAAACAGUUAUACCUGAUUCUUGGAUCGAAGUGCGGAAAUGUGUUCUUCUAUUUGAGCAACAAUCCGAUCAAGUUAGUAGCAAGUCGUCCAAUAUGUCCCUGGCUCAAAGGAUUUAGGCCAUGUUGUUUUACUCCGGAUAUCAUCUAUGUGUUGGGCUUCCGUGGGAGUAUGUUUUAUGUUAUCCACCAUAUGAAACACCAAAUAGUCUACAAAAUCGACUGCGGUGGAAUUCGUCGUCAGUGGGAUUUUCACGUGGCGUGGCCAUAUGCGCAAAGAAAGCGGGAAGAAGAUCCUCAACAGGACAGACAACAAGAAAUACAGGAAGACCAGCAACAGGAAGAACAAGGAGCCAGAAUCCCUCCAGAGGAGACACGAGAACGAGAUGAAAAGGAAACAAAGGAGAAAACUCUAGAAGACAUAAUCCAGGAGCAAGAAGCAAGAGAAAGAGCCAAAACAAAUUCACCGAUGAUCGUUCCUGCAUUUCAAGAAGUGGAACUUGUUGUGCAGAAGUUAUUAAACGAAGAAAGAAAAAGUACUGGAGUAGUAGACAUAAAGAAAAAGCAACCUGAAGGAGCACAGAAUAAACAAGAGAAGGAGAAUUUGAAGAUGGCGCACGAAGAAGAAGAAUCAGAAAUACGAGCCAUGGAACGGCUUACAUUGAAUUCAGAAGAAAAUGGAGCCGUCCAAGUGGAAUCUGUUGAAGUGCAUCUGCAGAAUGAAACACACGUUCGACAGCAGUCACAGCAGUCUAGAACAGAUUAUCGCACCGAUGGCAACCAGAAUGGCGAAACUGAUUACUGUUUAACAGAAUACAAUGAAAAUAGUGUAGCUUACGAAUAUGACGAAGAAGAGUAUGUUGUCGAAAUAGAAGAUAUAGAAGAUGAGGAAGAAAUGGAAGGUGGAUCAGUCGAACCACUCCAGAAGCCAAAGUAUGGAGUUACCGCCACUCUCGAAUUUCUGCGUAAAAAAAUCUGUGCAUUACGUAUUCUUGUCUGGAACGAGUUCUCUAUGUACGGUGUCACCGUUAGUGAAGACCAUUUCAUGCAUGUGUUCCGCUUCGAUGCUGGUAAUUCAGGCUGGAUCACUCCAUUGGCCUUCUACACUCCAGCGCAUCCGACUUGCGUCGAGCGUAUUGAGGUGAAAGCACAAGGGUGGAUUAUUAUCGUUGGAACCGCAAACGGCGUCAUUAUGGCAUAUUCGAUUCGUCCAUGUAACUUCGUUCGCGCAGCCAACUAUGUCGUUCCUUCUGUCGAAUUCAAGCGUAAAGGAGCUAAUUGUCGCGUCGUUCAUUUAGACAUCGCAAACAAACACGUGAGAACUGCAAAUUCCUAUCUUUGUGUUGUAUCAUACGGUGAUGGCAAAAUAAUAUGCUUAGACAUCGCGGUUAAUGCCGCCACAAUGGCAGUCGAAAUAAAGAAGUCAAGCGAUUUUGGCACGUUGGCAAGUAAAAAAGACGAAAUUUUUGAAAAAGUACAAUCAUGGAAAUGGAAUAGUCUAUUUUACAUUUGUGCAGCGACAUCGAAUGGUCAAAUGUUUCUUUGGAAAGCAAACAGUAAUUUUGCUGCUAAACAAGUCGCCUCCGUCCGUGUUGACCAUCGUCGGCUUAUCUCGUUGGCUACUGUCGGCUGUGAGUCACGCCGCUUCGUCGCUGUUGGAUCCGAUACUGGCAGAAUCACUGUGUAUCGCAUUGUUGGUGGAGAAUCGUUGGCCCAGCUAGCCAUCAUCAAGUUUUUCGAUGAGUCAGUCGGUGGGCUUGCCCUUGAAUUGGAUGGGGAAAUUCUCCGUAUUCAUGCCGCCUACGAACUCGGUAUGUAUGCUGUGUAUCAGGUAGACGUCGAAGAACAAAGCGAGUCGGUGGUUAGUCCACGUAAGUUUAGUCACAUUGACAUCUCUUCCCUUGCGGAAUCCUGCACUUCGAGCCCUGGUGGAUACGAAUUUGAUAGGGAGACCGACGAGGUCAAGUUGAAGUCAACGAUCUGCGGAGAUCCGGGUUAUGCUCUCAGUCCAAAUAUUGGGCCUGCACAUGUGCUUGAGAACUUUCUGCUCAAGUUUUCUUGGUGA